AUGUGGUUUCUAACCAAUGAAAAAACAAAGAGAGUGUACUACCUUGUUCCGCAAGGCAGUAGUCACACAGUUGGCCGAUCAAACACAGAUCUCGUGAUAACUGGCGACGAUUCCAUCAGCCGCAAUCAUGCUGUGUUAUUACACAGUAAAGAUAGACUAUUGCUCACCGACCCUGGCUCCCGCUAUGGAUCCUACGUCAACGAAAACAUUAGCAAAAUUGUGCCCAUAUCAAAAGAUCAACCAACAGGGCUGAAGGAAGGUGACAUUGUUCAGUUUGGGCGAUGCGGAAGCAUCUGGAUGGUCAAAAGGGUAUUCUUUCGAUGCCUCACGUCUACACUAAUCAUGACAAAUCAACUCAAGUUAACGAUGGAAAAAUUAGGAGUCGAGCUUCUGGCUGAAUAUGCUCCCGAAAUAACACACCUAAUUAUGCCGACGAUCACUGUGACUACCAAGUUUUUGCAAUGUUUAGUUGCCCAAGUACCAAUAGUGAAGCCAGAAUUCUUCACUGCAGUUGAAAGUUGUAUCGAACAGCAUAAGCCAAUACCAUUGUUGGAUAAUUUUAUUCCAACAUGCAACGAAUCCUAUAUCAGAAACGACCAGCCAUCAUACAAUCCUAACCCGUCCCGACGAGAUCUCUUCAAGGGAAAAGAAUUCGUUUUCCUUAAUAAUGUCCAACGACAACAGUACGAAGAUAUCAUCAAGCUCGCGGGUGGAGUCUGCUUAUGUGCCCAACGAGAAAAAAUUGCCAAAACGCGCUUAUUUAAGCCAAACGUGGUGAUUGUUAAGUUUUCAGAUCCCGGGUCAUCGCAGUCACAGUCGCAGUCAUUCGAUUGGCUGCAUCAAAGUGUAACUGCACUCGGCCGUCGUAUGAUACCGGAUACAGAAAUUGGUCUCGCAAUAAUAUUUUCCUCCACAGAAAAAUAUUGCAAUCCUGAGUACAGCUUUGCCUUUAAUAUUGAAGAAUAUAAACCAUCGGCCAAAAGUGGUGAAACAUUCGCUAGAAGUACUGAACAACAACCACAAACCGGCUAUCUUGUAAAAACGGAAGUUAUUGAUACUAUUCCGGAAACUGAACCCCUUACCGAACGCAAAAAUUGUGAAUCUUUGGAGAUCAGUAUUGAUGGUAACAGUCCUACGACGUCGAGAAGGUCGACUCGUUCGAUGUCAUCUUUUGCAAUUCCUGAAACUAUAUCAUCUGUCCACCGAAUCGAAGAAAGAAGACCAUUAAAACGUGUUGUUGAAACAUCAGACUCAUCAAACGUCCAAAAAGAAGACAAUAUUAUAAAGCGUCCCCGAAAAAAUACUACGUUUGAAAAUAUUAGAAACUCCGAACAAAGCGAAGAACCGGUGGCUAAUGAAGUACAUAUUUCUGAGUCACAACCAACUCCACAAGCUGUUCCUUCGCAUGCUUUGCAAAAUUUUGGCUUUCUAGCAGUUAAUAGAUUGAAGACAAAAACAAACAAUCUCAAUCAAAACAAAACUCGCCGUAAUGCAAUCCUUAUGCUUGAGCUAGAAGAUGAAGGCUUGUUCAAUUUCGACGAUAUUGCGCCGGCCAAAAAACCUAAAUUAGAUACAUCCACGUGCAAUAAGCAAUCAUCGAAUGACACAAUUGAAUUAGGUAAAACUAAUUCUCAACAUAUGUUAAGCCAAAUUCGUCGUCAACGGCACGCAACCGAAAAAGAAGAUAAUUUAUUUUGCUUUCAAGAAAAGCUUCCCACGACACAGCCACGUGGUGCUACAAAUAAACGGCAAGUUAGCAAAGGUGUUGGUCUUAUACCUCCUCCUGUCGAUAACAGCAAUGCCACCAACAGAAGCUAUCAAUGUUCAGAUGGGGUUUCCAGCAAAAAUAACUCACAAAACCGAUGUGCCAUCAAAAACUCUUCUAUGUCUGAAUAUCGAGAGUUUAUAAAACCGAUUCAAUCUUCUGUGUAUCAUUGGCUUUCGUCAUCUUUGUGUGGUCUUAAUUUCAAUGAAAAUAAAGAGCCCGUCGUUACGAAAAUCAAAUCUGAGCCAUUGGAUGAAAUUGAUGGCGCAUACGAGGACAACAAAAAAUGGUUAGAAAGUGCUAUUAAUUGGUGUCAGGUGCAAGAUAUAAGCAUGCAGAUAGUAUCACGUAAGCCAACUGAUCAAAACGGAGAUGAAUUAUCUUGUCGCACUGUGAACGGAGAAAACAAUUUCAAGGCGUUUGUGAAGAAGCGUAACUAUCCAGUUCAAAAAAAAAUUAUAUUGACAAAAUUUGUUCGUGUCCUUGACGAAAAUCAAGAACAAUAAUAAAGUAAUAUUGCACGAACUAUUCAAAUGUAGCAAAAAUCUAUACACUAGACAUGAGACAUAUCGUAGCCAGAUAUGAAUUCCCCAUACUAUGAUGUGCGGAAUGACAAUGGAGAAAUCACUACAGUGACGAGCUCUUCGAAUACCAGUAUAGUCUCUCUUUCGUGCUGCGAAUUAGAAUCGCCAGUCUCUGAUGAUGUCAUUAGAAUGAUACCGGACGAC